GUCACUGUAGUUUUCAUCCUGAGAUUGCAUCAGCACUAGGCAACACACACCUUUCUCCUUUAAUGUGAGAGAGGGUGCUGGAAAUCCACGCCCCAGAAUGAGCAUUAUUUUUUAAGGCUUUUUGGAGUGAAACUUUAGAAGUUUAGUUUAAAUCACAUAACUACAUUCAUCAUGAUGCCUACACCGAAUACCAGCAAACAAGCUGCAUAAUGUAGCCCACACACGCGGACACGCAAAUAUUAAUGAGAUUUCCGUAUACAAGGUUUUGGGGAUAUACAUGUUCCGGGGCCCGUGGACAAGUACCCGCAUAAACGAUACCGCGUGCGCCGUGGUGCCCGCCACGUGGUUGAGCCACCGCCUACUGAAGAUGCUGCUCUUACCUAUUGCCUUGAGUCGGCUGCGGCCCAUUUGCAGGGCCCUUUCCCCACGCCUCGCUCGCACGUAUGCAAAAGAUGUCAAGUUUGGACCAGAUGCCCGUGCCCUCAUGUUGCAGGGAGUGGAUCUGCUCGCUGAUGCGGUUGCAGUGACCAUGGGACCCAAGGGGCGCACAGUCGUCAUUGAGCAGAGUUGGGGCAGCCCCAAGGUUACGAAGGAUGGUGUGACAGUGGCCAAAAGCAUUGAGCUGAAGGACAGGUGCAAGAACAUCGGAGCCCGACUCGUGCAGGAUGUGGCCAACAACACUAACGAGGAAGCCGGAGAUGGAACCACGGCUGCUACCGUGCUAGCACGCGCUAUCGCCAAGGAGGGAUUUGAAGUUAUCAGCAAGGGCGCCAACCCCAUAGAGAUCCGUCGUGGUGUCAUAAUGGCUGUAGACAGAGUCAUCAGUGAACUUAAGAAGCUGUCUAAGCCUGUUACUACACCUGAAGAGAUAGCACAGGUAGCAACAAUUUCUGCAAAUGGAGAUGGCGAGAUUGGUGCCAUUAUUUCAAAUGCCAUGAAGAAAGUGGGCCGCAGGGGGGUUAUCACCGUCAAGGAUGGAAAAACUUUGCAUGAUGAGCUGGAGGUUAUUGAGGGGAUGAAAUUUGACCGUGGCUACAUCUCCCCAUACUUCAUCAACACCUCCAAAGGUCAGAAGUGUGAGUUCCAGGAUGCCUACCUCCUCUUGAGUGAGAAGAAGAUCUCUAGUGUUCAGAGCAUUGUCCCAGCUCUGGAGCUUGCCAACCAGCAUUGCAAGCCCCUGGUCAUAGUGGCUGAGGAUGUUGAUGGCGAGGCCUUAAGCGCCCUUGUCCUGAACAGGUUGAAAGUUGGUCUGCAGGUUGUAGCUGUGAAAGCUCCAGGAUUUGGGGACAACAGGAAGAACCAGCUGCAGGACAUGGCUGUUGCUACUGGGGGCAUUGUGUUUGGUGAUGAAGCGAUGGGUCUGGCCCUGGAGGACAUCCAGGCGCAUGACUUUGGUAAAGUGGGCGAAGUGGUCGUGACAAAGGAUGACACCUUGCUUCUGAAGGGGCGUGGUGACCCAGCCACCAUUGAGAAGCAGGUGGCAGCAAUUGCUGAACAGCUGGAGACCACCAACAGUGACUAUGAGAAAGAGAAGCUGAAUGAGCGCCUGGCCAAGCUGUCAGAUGGUGUGGCUGUGCUCAAGGUUGGAGGCGCUAGUGAGGUGGAGGUGAAUGAAAAGAAGGACCGUGUGACAGAUGCUCUGAAUGCCACACGGGCCGCGGUGGAGGAAGGCAUUGUCCCUGGGGGUGGCUGUGCCCUCUUGCGUUGCAUUCCUGCUCUUGAUGCCAUUAAGCCGGCCAACUCUGACCAAAAGAUUGGUGUGGACAUCAUCCGUAGGGCCCUGCGCAUCCCUGCCAUGACAAUUGCCAGGAAUGCAGGGGUGGAGGGUUCGCUGGUAGUGGAGAAGAUCUUACAGAGUGGGCCAGAAGUGGGUUAUGAUGCUCUGAAUGGGGAAUAUGUUAACAUGGUGGAGAAAGGCAUCAUUGACCCUACCAAGGUUGUCAGGACAGCCCUGAUGGAUGCAGCUGGUGUUGCAUCCCUCCUAUCCACUGCAGAGGCGGUCAUCACAGAGCUGCCCAAGGAGGAGAAGGAAGGAGGCAUGCCAGGUGGCAUGGGUGGAGGCAUGUUCUAAACUUCUGCAGGAUAACAGAACCUAAAAGUAAUAUCGUAGAUGCCAGACUCACUGGCAGUGAAGAAGUUGUCAGGAACCUGCAAUGGCACACAGCCCCCCGCGCUGAACAUUCAGCUGUGUGCCCCUACAUUUAUUUCUUCUGCCUACUCCAAGACAGCGGAACACAGCCACCUUUUCAGACAAUUAGUCUUAAAAGCCCUGUUAUUUCCAAGGAGAAUGUUUACACAGUGUUGCCUGAACCAGUUGUAAUUUCAGUAAUAUAAAAGAUUGAAAACAAUAUGUGCUGUGUUUAUGUAUUGGGAUUUGUUGUAAAGUACUGGGUACUCCACCUUUAUGCACUCAGCCCACUGCAUGCUUCUGUUUGCUGUCUGUUGUCACAGUUGAUUUUCUAAACCUGUCUUGUACCCUUGCAACAGGAAAGAAGUUAGGGGUUAAAGAUUGCCCCGGUGGGCUGAAGUGCUUAUUUGGCUUUUCU